AUGAUGGAAAGCCUUCCUCGGGCCCCCCGGGCUUCCGAGGUGGUUAUCAGACUGAAGCUAGUAAUAGCAGCUGAGUACAAGCUAGGCGCGCGCAGCAGCAGCAGCAGCAGCAACAGCAACGGUGAGAGCAGCAGCAGCAGUGAGAACAGCAGCAGCAACAACAACUGCCCAAGCAGCAGCAACAUCUGCAGCAGCUGGCUGCCUCUGUCCGACUUCCUUCCCUCCGCUAGAGAAGCAGCGGGCGCAGCAGCAGCAGCAACAGCAGCAGCAGCAGCAACAGCAGCAGCAGCAGCAACAGCAGCAACAGCAGCAACAGCAGCAGCAGCAUGCACCGAGAGCCCCCCUCCAGCAGCAAACCUGCCGCCUCCACGGCUAUUUUUGGGUCAACUGGUUGCAGCAGGCAGCGCCGUGAGGGGCGUCAGCAGCGGCCAGCUGCUGCUGGCAGCAGCAGGUGUGGGGCCGCAGCAGCAGUUCCAGGGGCAGCUCCUAUUUUGUGUCUUCUCUGCAUGCGUGCCUCUGCCUCCUGACAUUGUUGAUAAGCUGUUGCUCUGCGGCGGCUUAUCUAAGGAGCAGCGACAGCAGCAGGAGCAGCAGCAGCAGCAGGAGCAGCAGCAGCAGGAAAAUAGGCUGCCCGAGCCGCAGCAAGAUGAGCGUCUGCAUGCACUACAGCAGCAGCAGCAGCAGCAACAGCUGCUGCAGCAAGAGGAGCUGGAGGCCUUGGCUUGCUCUUUGUCCCGGCUGCCGCACUUAGUGGAGGGGCUGGAAUGUAAUUUUUUUGCAAAUUUGCCGUUUUUUCCCGAUAAAUAUAUUUAA